UUCGCCUCUUGAAUAAGCGCUCGGCAUUAAGCGAAAGCAACGACUCCUCGAGAACUCCGUUGCUCCAUCCCCCCACGUAUUCGAAGACGUCAUCGUAUUGUGGAUUCAACUUUUAUCGACUUAGUGCGCCAUGUCACAAGACAAGACGACGAGCGUAGUUCCAGUACAGGUGUAGGAGAACGCUGGGAACCGUUUCAUGAGUGGGAGAGAUUCAUGAAGCUUCGUCUUGGAAAGCAAAGAUACCUUGACUCACGACGUGGCCACGAGCACCGAAGGUGAGGGAUAUAUGGAACCUCCGCACGGAAAUGGCUACGCCAUGAAGGCCAACGGCAUAGGAAAGUGCCCGAACAUUUGCGACGUGAACAAGGACGCGUCACCACCGGGGCCUGAUGGAAGGCUGAGCUGGGCCAUUGCGAUCACUUGCUUUCUGAUUAACUUCAUCGCGGCCUUCUUCUACCGCUGCCCCGGAAUGUUCUUCAACUCCGUCAUGGACACCUUCGACGCGACCCGAGGCGAUGCGUCCGUGCCCGUUUCUUUGUACGGGGCAUUCUACAACAUGGCCGGUCUUGUAGCGGGUGCGCUCAUCGGAAGCCUCGGAGUACGCCCAACACUCAUUCUAGGCGGGGUUAUGAUGGCGGUCGGAUUCGGCGUAUCACUCUUCGCGACCUCUACGCUGUUCCUCGUCUUCACUGUCGGAGCACUGGCUGGAGUCGGCCACGGCAUGGUCUUCAGCUGCAGCAUCGUGGCCGUGACCGGUUACUUCGACAAGCGCCGCGGAAUCGCUCUGGGCCUCAACAUGGCCGGCCCUCCUAUAACGUCGCUCUUGGUGCCCAAGCUUCUCGAGUGGCUCCUAGGCGAGUAUGGACUGCGCGGUACCUUUCUCAUACUGGGUGGCUGCAUGGCGAACGUACCUGUCCUUGGAAUUAUGCUGCGUAACCCUCCGUGGGAGGAUAGCAUUGGAAAAGCUGCUGUCGUUCAAGCGGAAGACUGCUUCGCUGAGGCCUUUACCGCGAUGGACUCGGCUCGUACGACGGCCUUUUCCAACUCAUGGCAGGGAUGUUGCUGGCCUCGUCCCUGUUCAACGCAGGACUCUGGAUCUGUGGUCCCUCUUCCACCAGGCCAGGGAGAACGAAAGAAGCUGCUCAACACAGCACGCCGACCACCAUCUCCAAACCCCAGCUGCAUGCGCUAGUAUAUGAGGACCAAUGCACAUCCUUAUAGGCAUAGGGUUUCCUAUAGAUACACUAGAGGGAGCUCUGGCGCUAGUGUCUAUGGGAGCUGCUACGCGUGGCGCUUCAGCCAGCAUGGGAAUGAUAGGUAGUACACGGAAUUGUCUAAACUUCGUUCUUUCGGCUCCGUUUGGCUCCGCGUCGCCUGCAUCCGCUUUGUCGCAAGACGAAGUUCAGCAAAAGUCAGCAGUUCCACUUCGCCACUUUAACCUCUAUAGGUUCACCAAUUCAAUUCUGGUCACGAAGUUUACGACGGUCUAUUAUUUUAUCUGGAAAGAACGCCUAAACACAGCAAUAAACAAAGUCACAAGUGCGUUCGAAGCCGUAAGCACGAAGAUUAGGCAAAUCCGUGUACUACCCAUCAUUCCUAUGGUAGCUGAACGAUCGCAGCGCCAGAGUUCCCUCUAGGUAAUUGUAGGAAACUCUAUGCCUAUAGGAGAUUAGGCACAAAAGCGGACAUAUUCGGUAUGCUUACAGCGAGCGACUUGUUCUGGGGUUGCGCUGCAAAGUUGUGCGUGCCAUGUGUCGGAACAUCAACGUGUGCAUUGUAGGAUCGGCCACGAGGCGAGACGUAGUUGACCCUUUAGCGCGGCGAUUAAUGUUGCGUUAAAGGACCUAGCAGCGCGAUAGCUUCUAGCUGAGGACGAUCUUCGCUGGAAAAGCACAUCGCGACCAGUACAAUGCCUAUCCGAAGGAACAAGCAGGGACAUGUGCUGGUAUGUCUUCAAGCAGCCUGGUUGACCUGGGCCUUACAUUCUUGUGCUGCUUUCACUGUUUUAACUUGCAGUCGUAUUCAGAACUACUUAAAGUCAUAUGCAGUGCACAAGUUAAGAGUUAGAAUGGGCGCACUGGGCCUUCUUGGCAGCCUUUUAUCGUCGACUGCAGCGAGUUGCGUAAAAAAAAAGCGUGCAGACAUUUCCGUUGGUGCACUGAGCCUACGAAAGUACCGACACUCAUCCUUAUCCACCAGCUAAGCUAACGCGGCACCACACCUGCGAUUGGCCGCAGUGUUGUCUGUUGAACGGUUAACUUCCGCGUUGUUCAACGCUGCCUUACAGAAAUAUGUGUUCUAUUGGAGGCUGCGGAUUGUUUAAUCAUUGUCAUGUAAUGUAUUCUUUUGGGGGGUUAGAAAACAUUAAUUAUUUCUAGAAUAGUUCGUGCUUAUUGUGUCACAAACGCAUCGAUAACAGUGCCCGUUCGGGCUGCUCAUCAUCCACAAACAGGCUGCUCGCAUUUCUUCGCCUGCAUCUCUGCAUGCCUCACUUGAGCUGUAGCUCUAGCGGUUUUGGCAGUGUGUCGAAGUUUCACUCCUUACCACUUUUGAAGACGCCGAGUAGUAGAUUACGCUGUGCUUCGUGAAGUCGGUUCAGUGAAGUACAUCUAUAGUUACAGGAAGCAACAGCCGCGGCACCCAGCGCUAGCUUCGAGUUUGGUUACUGGAAGCUCCAGGUGCUGCUGGCUGAGCCAAGUGUCGGUGUCGCAACGCGGAACUUUCUGUAAAGCGCUGAAGUUGAGUUGCACUCGUUGGUUCAAACAAACGUGUUAAGGCUGCUGAACAAUUUCUUCUGGUAAGUGGACAAUAUCAAAAGUAUGAACGUCGCGCGCUGCUGAAAGGGUUAUCGCAUUGUCAUUGCGCAACCGCAGCGGCAACCAGAACUUCACACUACCACGGAGCUUUUUGUUCUUCAACUGUUUUUUAUGCGGAAACAAUAAAGCAUUUCGAGCAUCAAUGUAAUUAUUGCGUGCAUUUAUC